AUGAGCGGGGACGAGGCGAAGCACCUCGCAGAGCAGAGGACGCAGUCGACCCUCCCGCCCGAGCUGCAGUGCAAGAGCCUGUCCGAGUGCACACCGCCGGGAACGGUGCUGCAGUCGCCGGGGGCCUGCUCUCCGCCCCGCGCGGCCCCGCCCCGGGCGGCCUGCGCUCUCGAGCCGCCGCUCGAGGCCGCCGCCGGCCUGCUCCGCGAGGUGGACCAGGUGCCCGCUGCCUUCUCGGAAGGCCCCCUCCUCGCCCUGCCCCCCAUUCUACGCACCACCGAGCUAUCAAGGCUGCGCGAACUGAAGAACGACACGACGUCGGUUCUCGCCCGCCUGGGCUCUGCGGCAGAGGGCGUCGCCGCGGGAGCGCUGCCCAUGCUGCGUGCCGCUCUCGCAUCUUCGCGAACGAAGAGGACCGCCAUGGCCAACGCGAUCGGCCUUGCCCAGAGCCUGGCCGCAGGGCCUCACGACGAGGUUGAGGAGGUUCUUGACAGCCACGUGCUCCUGAUCGAUCGGGUCCACUACGUCCAUCGCUGCCUCUGUGUCACCCUCGAGGGCCAGGGCACCCAGGGGGGCGCGGGCGCGGAUGCCGAUGCGCUGGGGAGGCAAGCCGGCGAGGCGCUGGGCACCGCGCUCGUGCACCUGGACGAGGAGUUCUCGGGCCGCCUGCGCAUGCUGCGGCGCACGAGGUGCCUGCUCGCACGCGUGGCCGCGUCUGCGCAGGACCUCCGCGGGGGGCUGCUGUCCGGGCCGAAGAGCCUCGACCAGCAGCUCGGCUUCGAGCCCUUCGUCGCCGCUCUGGAGCAGUUCUGCCAGCUGUGCUGCCCGAAAGGCUCAGGCGCAGCCCCCGGGCGCCCGCAGGUCCCUGACAGCCAGGCCGCAGACGCAGGCAGCUGCACCUCCGCGAUGGCCUCGUCGUCGGCGAGGAACGCGCCCCGGAGCUGGCUCCUCACGGGCGCCUGA